AGCCUUUUUAAAGCCCGAGGACCGAUUUCAUAAUUUUGUAUUCAGUAAAAACUAAAAAGGAUAAACAAGAAAUUUCCAGGAUAAAUAGAUACCAAUAAAAUUUUAUAAUCCUAUUGAAGUAAAAUAAAUUAAGAUUGAAAGAUAAAUCUUUUUUUUUUUUAUAACUAAUAAGCAGUAUAUUUAGGGAUUAGGAGAAUAAUCAUAUUAAGGAAAGUAAAUCAUAAGAAGUUUGUUAAAACAGUUACCAAAUAAAGAAGACACAAUUAAUCAGGCUCAUAAUCGUAUCUCGGUCAGAAUCUAUAUAACUUAUCCUUUAAUUCUUAGGGUCUACUCUUUUCCUAAUCCUAACUGACAUUAGCUUAAACAAAUCGCUUAAAGAUCUCCAUUAUAAAAUACUUAGAAGAGGCAGAACAGAGCUCACGAGAAAAGCAAAAUCAUGAGUAAUAAUAAUUCUUUGAUUACUAAUCUCUUCGAAGGUAGGAAUAAAGGUAUUGAUGCAAGCAGCAGCGACUCUGAUGAUGAUCGAGCAGGUAAACCUAGAGUAUUACUUGCAGACAAAUUUAGGUCAAAAUCUGCUAAUCAAUUUAUGAGACGUGCGGAGAAAGCUUCGGCAGUUUCUACUACUGAGCAGGAAGAAGAUGAAUCCCCAAAACUUAUACCGGAGUCUAAACCGCAAUCGGAAGGUGAUAAAGUGGGCGACAUCGUUCGUUUUGGAAAAGACAGUUACUUCGUUAUUGAUAUUUUCGAGAAAGAGAUCAUGGAGUUAGGAGACAAAGUUGAUUUAAACUUCAAGAGAUUCAAAAGGUUCGAAGCUGUUUAUGGAGACGCUCCGCGAGACCAUCACUUCUACAACUACCAUUGCUGUUACUCUUGCUGCUGCGUCUGCUCGAGUAGUACCGUGGGUAGAUUGUGGGGGAUUCUAGAGACAGGACUAGCCUCGAGGGAGAAGGAAGGAGUCAGCUUCUUCGUGAGAACUUAUAAAGAGAGAAAAGAGCUGAUGAGAGUUGUUGUAACUGUCACAGAUUGUCAUCAGAAUCAUAACUUGUACUUCUUCGACCUCAAGUUCCCUAGGGAGUAUCCAUAUCGAGCACCGAGUUUCUAUUACCAUCCCUAUGGCCUUCAUUUGAGUACUCCUGAAGCCCAAAAGUCAUUGAAAGAAAAGUCCUGCUACAACAUCUUAGAUGUGUUUCUCCACAUUCAAGAGAUUGUGUUGAUGAACACCAACAAGUCAUGUCACCAGAUGCUAGAUAUUCUUGAACAGCCGCUCGCGGGGUUUCAAGAUUUCGUAAAAGGGUAUUUUAGGAGGAAGGGGCCUUUGAUUCUGCGGAACUUGCUGCAAGAGUUGGAUAUGGAGGAGGAGAGGGACAAGAAAAUGUUCUGGAAGUUGUACUUUGCCUUUGAAGGCAAUAAAGUUUAUUGUGAGCAGAUUCUGAACAGUGACCUGAAAGCAGAGCUGGAGAAAUUGAAGGAGAAAGAACAUACAUUAAGCGAUUACUACUAUGGUUCUUCUUCAUCUCCCAACUACCCAACCUACACUCAACGGGAUGAUGGUAUUAAGAAGACAUCCAAAAUCCAAAGCUUUUGGAGCAAGUACUUGUCUUUGUCUUUCGAUUACUAG